UCAGCUGUUCAAGUUGUGUACGCGGAAGAAACGGCGAUUCGUUUGGAGCCCCUCGUCGAAAUAGUUUAUAAUUCCGGACGCCAGGAUCCCCCUUGGCAGAGAGUCGUCGCGCAGCCAACUAGCCAGUUGCCCGAUCCGCGAGAAUAGUGGCAUAAUUCCGGGCUUAAGCACCACUGCCAGCAAUCCCACAACAACAACUCGAGUGUGUGCCCUGCAGCAACAACAACAAGAACAGAGAGUUACCGUGUGUGUGUUCGUUCGCAUUAACAAUUUGUUGGCCAAAUAAAGUAGAAAUCGAAAUUUGCGAACGAAAGUGCCCGCAAUUAGUGGUUAUAUAAAUGUAAAGCAAACACCGCGUCGUGCAAGAAACUAUGUGGAUUUGUCCGCGGAAAGUAGACACAUCGCGAAGAACUAGUUAAUGCCCCCACGACUUCUUCAACUUGGAAACUCAAUUAUAGAUCCACCGCAUAAGCAUUUCAUUUGUGGAUUAAGGAGCGUGUCGUCCAUUUGUCGGCAAUCACCAGGAAAGCGAUCCCUCUACCGAAAAGCAAGCCAGCCAGGAUUGGCCAGAUCUGGACGGGAUUCGGACGCACCGUAGCCAUGAUAGGACGUUUGUUUCGCGCCCACGGCGAAUUCUGCGCCUCGCAUCCCUGGGAGGUCAUCGUGGCCCUGCUGACCAUCACGGCCUGCAUGCUGACGGUGGACAAGAAUAACACCCUGGAUGCGAGCAGUGGUCUGGGUGCGGCCACCGCCUCUGCCGCCGCCGCUGGAGGAACUGGAGGCAGUGGGGCAGCCAUGCCGACGGCGUCUGUGGGAGGAUCCGCGUCGGCGUCGGCAUCGGCCACGUCCAGCCGUCACAGGCCAUGCCAUGGAUGGAGCCAGUCCUGCGACGGCCUGGAGGCGGAGUACAAUGCCGCCGACGUCAUCCUGAUGACCAUCGUGCGCUGCACCGCCGUGCUCUACUGCUACUAUCAGUUCUGCAGCCUCCACCGGCUGGGAUCCAAAUAUGUUCUGGGCAUCGCCGGCCUCUUCACGGUCUUCUCCAGCUUCAUCUUCACGACGGCCAUCAUCAAGUUCCUAGGCAGCGACAUCUCUGAACUGAAGGACGCUCUGUUCUUCUUGCUGCUGGUCAUCGACCUGUCCAACUCGGGUCGCCUGGCCCAGCUGGCCCUCUCGGGCAGCAACCAGGCGGAGGUGACGCAGAACAUUGCCCGCGGGCUGGAGCUGCUGGGGCCGGCCAUCUCGCUGGACACCGUGGUGGAGGUGCUGCUGGUGGGCGUGGGCACGCUGUCGGGGGUGCAACGCCUGGAGGUGCUCUGCAUGUUCGCCGUGCUCUCGGUGCUGGUCAACUAUGUGGUCUUCAUGACCUUCUAUCCCGCCUGCCUGUCGCUGAUCUUCGACCUGUCCCGCUCCGGCGUCGACAUGUCCGUGGUGCGGGAGAAGGCCAAGGGCUCGCUGCUCCUGAAGUCGCUCACCGAGGAGGAGCAGAAGGCCAAUCCGGUGCUGCAGCGCGUCAAACUGAUCAUGACCACCGGCCUGAUGGCCGUGCACAUCUACAGCCGGGUGGCCUUCUCGGGCAGCGACUACGACUCCGUGGACAAGACGCUCUCGCCGACGCUCAGCCUGAAUGUGAGCAACAAUCGCACGGAGUCGGGCGAGAUCGCUGACAUCAUCAUCAAGUGGUUGACAAUGAGUGCCGAUCACAUUGUUAUCUCUAUUGUUCUCAUCGCUUUGGUGGUCAAAUUCAUCUGCUUCGACAAUCGCGAUCCCCUGCCGGAUCAGCUGCGCCAGUCAGGACCAGUGGCCAUUGCCGCCAAGGCUUCACAGACCAUGCCCAUUGAGGAGAAGCAGGAGGAACUGGCUGAGCAGACGAGGCAUCCGGAGAUCAGAUCCGUUGUCCGUGCCCCACUGUUCACCAUUGAAGAGCAGAGCUCGGCCAAUGCCUCCACGCAGACGGAGCUGCUGCUGCGCCAUCGCCUUGUCGGUCCCAUUCGGCCACCACGACCGCUCCAGGAAUGCCUGGACAUCCUGAACUCCGCUGAAGAUGGCAGCGGACCCGCUUCGCUGAGUGACGAGGAGAUCGUGUCCAUUGUUCAUGCCGGCGGCACCCACUGCCCGCUCUACAAGAUCGAGUCCGUGCUGGACGACCCGGAGCGGGGAGUGCGAAUCCGGCGACAGAUCAUCGCAGGCCGUGCCAAGAUGCCGGUGGGUCGUCUGGAUGUCCUGCCCUAUGAGCACUUCGACUAUCGCCGCGUACUCAACGCCUGCUGCGAGAACAUUCUGGGCUACGUGCCCAUUCCAGUGGGCUAUGCCGGACCCCUGCUGCUGGACGGAGAGACCUACUACGUGCCCAUGGCCACCACCGAGGGAGCACUGGUGGCGUCCACCAAUCGGGGCUGCAAAGCGCUGUCCGUUCGCGGCGUGCGAUCCGUCGUGGAGGAUGUGGGCAUGACCCGGGCGCCGUGCGUACGAUUCCCCAGCGUGGCCCGGGCUGCCGAGGCCAAGUCCUGGAUCGAGAGCGAUGAGAACUAUCAGCUGGUGAAGACGGAGUUCGAUUCGACGUCACGAUUUGGCCGCCUGAAGGAUUGCCACAUUGCCAUGGAUGGGCCGCAGCUGUACAUUCGCUUUGUGGCCAUCACCGGCGACGCCAUGGGCAUGAACAUGGUGUCCAAGGGCGCCGAGAUGGCCCUGCGCCGCAUCAAGCGCCAGUUUCCCGACAUGCAGAUCAUCUCGCUGAGCGGCAACUUCUGCUGCGACAAGAAGCCGGCGGCCAUCAACUGGAUCAAGGGACGUGGCAAGCGGGUGGUCACCGAGUGCACCAUUUCGGCGGCCACGCUGCGCUCCGUGCUGAAAACGGACGCCAAGACACUGGUCGAGUGCAACAAGCUGAAGAACAUGGGCGGCAGCGCCAUGGCCGGCAGCAUUGGUGGCAACAAUGCCCAUGCCGCCAACAUGGUGACCGCCGUCUUCCUGGCCACCGGUCAGGAUCCCGCCCAGAACGUCACCUCGAGCAACUGCUCCACGGCCAUGGAGUGCUGGGUGGAGAACAGCGAGGACCUGUACAUGACCUGCACCAUGCCCUCACUGGAGGUGGGCACUGUGGGCGGUGGCACCGGCCUGCCCGGCCAGAGCGCCUGCCUGGAAAUGCUGGGCGUUAGGGGCGCUCAUGCCACCCGGCCAGGUGACAAUGCCAAGAAGCUGGCCCAGAUCGUCUGCGCCACGGUCAUGGCCGGUGAACUUAGCCUGAUGGCGGCGCUGGUCAACAGCGAUCUAGUCAAGAGUCACAUGCGUCACAAUCGCUCCUCCAUCGCGGUGAGCAGCGCCAACAAUCCCCUGAAUGUGACCGUGUCCAGCUGCAGCACCAUCAGCUAAGAUUGGGCGUUCCAGGGGCGCCACUUCUACCCUUUUGUACAUAGAGUCUUUUACCGGGCGGGCCAGGCGUUGCAACUCAUUUCUUUAGGUGUUACCUUGUAGUUGAAUGUUUCACAAAUUGCUUGAUAAAUAACCUGAUUGAUUGGCCAGGCCAAGGAACCGAACAGCGGCGUCUUCCAGAUCGGCUAAUCCUUUCAAACCGGUGCUGGAAGCGUAGACCGGGAUGAUCUAUGGAUCGUCCACUGUUGCUGCUACUUCCACUUAGAUUGUACGUUUCGUCAUAACUCUUAUUUUUUUCUACCAAUACAACUGAAUACUGAACGAAGAUCCGCUGGAGUCCCCUCCAGAUGGCAGUCAAUGGAGCUUUGACCAGGACUAGUGCAAGCGCUGAACUUGUAAAAAGUAUUUCCUAAGCGAAAAGUAGUACAUAGGGUUUGUAUAGUGACUAAAUUAAAACGUUUAAUUAGAGCAAAAUACGAUCGAUAUCGAUAUCUUAAUUUCUGUUUUAGUUUUUAACAAAAAAAUAUAAACACAAAGCGUAAUGGAUAAAUGUCUUUUGUAGACGCUGCUCACGGGUUUACAAAUCAGCACUUCAUUUAUUUUACUUUUAAUAAUAAUAAUUAUUAAUAAAUUAUUAUAAUUAAUUUAUAAUAA